UGUACCGAUUGUUCAAUAAAAUAAGCAUUAUGCGAUUUUUUAAAAUUGAAUAAGAGUAAUAGUCAAAUAAUACGUUUAGACAAGAUCCUUAAUAAAUGGUCCAUAGAAAACCAACCAUGAUUUGACCAAGGUUUUAGAUUAUUCAGUCAUGGAAGAGGCACUGCUACUAGUCCCAGAAGAUAAAGGAUGUUGUGGUUUAGGGAAGGAGAUAAAGAAACUCAGUUACAUAGCGGCGCCAAUGGUUGUUGUGUCUGUGUCUCAGAACCUCUUGCAGGUUGUCUCCGUCAUGAUGGCUGGCCAUCUCGGCGAACUUUCCCUUUCUGGUGUCGCCAUUGCUAGCUCUUUCACCAACGUCACUGGUUUUAGUCUCCUUUUCGGAAUGGCGGGUGGAUUGGAGACUUUAUGUGGGCAAGCAUAUGGAGCAGAGCAGUACAAAAAGCUGGGAUCCUAUACUUACUGCUCUAUAAUUUCUCUUAUUUUUGUAUGUUUUCCAGUAUCUCUUCUUUGGAUGUUUGUGGAAAAGAUUCUGAUUAUGAUGGGUCAGGAUCCUUUAGUUUCCAGUGAAGCUGGAAAAUACUCAAUUUGGCUACUCCCUGCACUGCUUGCCUAUGCUAUACUUCAAUCAUUGAUACGCUAUUUCCUCACUCAAGGGCUGAUUCUCCCAAUGCUUUUAAGCUCAUGUGCCACUCUAUGUUUCCACGUUCCUCUUUGUUGGGCAUUGGUAUAUAAGUUCGAACUAGGAACUACUGGAGCAGCAUUAUCCAUUGGCUUCUCAUAUUGGUUGACUGUAAUAUUCCUUGUGAUUUACAUACAGUAUUCUUCAGCCUGUGACAAAACCCGCGUUUCGUUUUCGCUUGAUGUAUUUCGAAGCAUUCCAGAAUUUUUCCGGUUUGGUUUCCCCUCAGCUGUUAUGUCAUGCCUUGAGUGGUGGUCAUUUGAGCUACUUAUCCUGUUUUCGGGGCUUCUACCAAAUUCGAAACUUGAAACAUCAGUCCUUUCUAUUUGCCUCACAACAAUGUCAUUGCAUUAUUUCAUACCGUAUGGUGUUGGUGCAGCAGCAAGUACUCGUGUUUCGAAUGAACUCGGCGCUGGGAAUCCAAGAGGGGCUAAAGCAGCUGUCCUAGCAGCAACAAUGAUUGCAGCAGUAGAAGCCAUUUCCGUGAGCACAAUUCUCUUCAGUUGCCGUUCUGUUUUGGGAUAUGCUUACAGCAAUGAGAAGGAGAUCGUGGAUUAUGUCACUCGAAUAACUCCACUGCUUUCUUUCUCAGUUAUCAUGGACAGUGUGCAAGCUGUGUUCUCUGGGGUUGCCAGAGGAACUGGGUCGCAACGUUUGGCAGCUUUUGUCAAUCUUGGAGCGUACUAUUUGGUGGGACUUCCACUUGCUUUGGUGUUGUGUUUUAUGCUACAGUUAAGGGGAAUGGGGCUUUGGGCUGGAAUAUUGGCUGGUACUACGACUCAAGCCCUUUUCUAUGCACUCAUAACAUCCUUCACUAAUUGGCAAAAGAAGGCAGUUGAGGCUAGAGAAAGGAUAUUUGAGGGGACUAACGUUGGUGAGAGUGUUUUUGCCUAAACUAUGCAUACUCCUUGUGAUCAGGCCGACCCAUACGCAGACGAGGGAGACGGUCUUCCCGGUAAAAAGAAUAUACAUAUAUAUAUAUAAAUCAUGUAUUUUAAUUAAGGAUAUUCUACGAACACAUUAACAUAUUUGUAAUAGAGGGUAUACAUUUUAGGUUAAAUUUGGCUAAAAAAACGAGUUAGUGUUAUAUUGCUCAAAUAUUACAAUUUUUCUCUAAUACGAGUAAAUUUAUUUAUUUAUUU